AUGCCUCGUGUACAUGAUCUUUGUGCCAGAAUACAAAAUGGUUUCCGUGCCAGACUUCAGACCAUUGCGAUACCCGAGACAAAGAUGAACUUGGCUGUUUCCAACAUUCUCUACAAAGAAGGCUUCUUAUCAUCCGUCACUCGCGGAAAUCACAUUGGACCUGAUCAAGCAUACACUGCCACCACAAACGAAAAUGUCGCCACCAGACGUCUUUGGCUCAACCUCAAAUACAAGGAAAACAAUCCUGCCUUGUCUCAAUUAUCUCUCAUCAGCAAGCCUUCCAAGAAGGUUCAUUUUACAGUCAACGAAUUGAAAAAUGUUGCAAGCGGUAGAAGAGCUCAAUUCAUCAAGCCUCUUCAACCUGGAGAAAUCGCUAUUGUCAACACAAAUCGUGGUGUUUUAGAGAUUCAAGAAGCAAUUGAGAAGAAUGUGGGCGGUGAGCUCCUCUGUCGUGCUUCAUAA